CCUCCUCAUCUUCCUCUUCCUUGUUGGUUGUUUAUGUUUUUGUAAUAAAUUUAUAGUUUUCUUUUACUUUUUCUUUAAAAACAAUUGUUGAUGAUUUUAGGUUCAAUGAAUCUUUUGGUUUCUGCUGCCCAGAUCAGAUCCGGUUCUCUCUCUCCUCCCACUGUCCUUGGAAAUCCCAAUGACACCCACACCAAGUAGACCUUUAAUUAAUUCAGUAAUAAUUCUUCCUUUUGGAGUAUUUUUUAUAUUAACUAAAAGAACCCUUCGGCGUAAUUGGCACAUCUUUGCGCAUUAAUCACGGUUUUGUUUCUAAAAUUCGGCUUUUUGAGGGCUUUUCUUUCCCUUAAUCUGGGUUUUUGUGGGUCCAUCCAAGUCUCUUUCUCUCCUCUCUUAAUUCAACUUGGCAACUUCAUUCAAUUUCAAGUUCCCAAAACGAGUGAGAGAGAAAGAAAUUGUUUAUUGUUUUUUUAUUUCAUUAGUUGGUUAGGUAAUCCCUCAAUUCCAAUUGGUCAUAUCUAUCUAUCCUCUACUUCCAUAUAUACUCUCAGAAACAGAAACAAAAAAUCACAAAAGGCAAACAACAAUUAUUAUAAUUUCUGUCUAAAUGCUUCUCUACUUUCUCAUCUCUUGUCUCUCUUUCUUCUUCUUGUCCAAAUCUCUUUCUCUUCCUCCAUGGGCAUCUGAAACCAAAACCUUGCUCUCUUUCUACUUCUCCAAGAAUCCCUUCAUCAACACUCUGCAACAUCCAACCACACCUGAUCCAGCCUCUCCUCUGCCCCACCAAAUGUCCAUCCUCGACCUCCCUGACCUCGCUCUCGACCGCAUUCUCGACCUUCUUCCACCCUCUGGGCUCUGCAGUAUGGCUAGGGUUUGCAGCUCCUUGAAGGAGAGAUGUGUGAGUGAUCAACUAUGGGACAAACACUUGAUGAUCAAAUGGGGCAAAAUCCUUGGCCCUGCUGCUCAUAGAGAGUGGAAAUGCCAUCUCUCUUCCUCGUACCAUCUCUCUGAUUCUCCUCAUCACCAAACGGGUCAUCCUCUUGGGUUUGCCAAAAUCGUCUCUUUGAUUCGAUCUCUUUCCUCUGUUUUUCGAGAUGAUAAUAAACAGAGGAAGAGAUGUGCAUCUUCCCUUCCACUUGAUUCCACCAUGAGCUGCUACCUCUCCCUUGAAACUGGUCGCUUUUGGUUCCCAGCUCAAGUUUACAACCGUGAGAAUGGGCAUGUUGGGUUCAUGUUGUCAUGCUAUGAUGCGGAGCUAAGCUAUGAUACUCACACUGAUACUUUUCAAGCCAGGUAUCCACCACAUGGUAGAAGACCAGUUGCGAUUGAAAAGGGUGUGACAUGGGAGAGGCUAAGAGCAGCUCCCAUUGAUGCAUCUCCCCAUCAUCUUCAUGUGUCAGAUUCUCUAAACGAGUUGAAACCUGGGGAUCACAUCGAGAUCCAGUGGAGAAGGAACAAAGAGUUCCCUUAUGGAUGGUGGUAUGGCAUUGUUGGACAUUUAGAGUCGUGUGAUGGGAAUCUCGACCAUUGUCAUUGCCAUCUUAGUGAGAUGGUCGUGUUGGAAUUCAACCAGUACACAGUGGGAUCGAGGUGGAGAAGAACGAUGAUCAACAAGAGAGAUCAUAGAGAGGAAGGUAACGAGGAAGACGGGUUUUAUGGAGGUAUCCGAAAGCUAAGCUGUAAAGAAGAGAUUGCAAUGUGGACACGUCUCUGGCCAUCAUCCAUCUUGGAGUAGGAUGAUGAAGAAGAAGAAGACGACCACACAUUUGGGAAAAGAGAUUAAACACAACCACUUGAACGGAGAGAGUAGGAUGUUAAUUUUAGAUGUCUACUCUCUUUUGUCCAAUUAUGAUUUGGUUGUUGAUUAUUUACUUGGGAAAUAGUCGAAAUAUACACAUCUGAAACUAUUGCGUCAUUUCGAUUUGGGGAAAAUGGUGGUGUAUAGGGAAUACGUAAUACGAUAAAGGGUUUGGUUGCUCGAGGAAAAUCAGGAUAUUUGAGGGAGACUAAAAAUAGUAAAAAAACAUUUUUUACGAGAUCAGUCGGGAAAAAACAAAGGUGGCGACAGAGACUUUAAAACACCAUCCAAAGUAUUUACAAAGCCAAUGCUUCAAAACUACAAAGGCCUUUUUCUUUUUGUUUUUUGCGUUAGGAAGAACAUAAAAUAUAAAAAAGUAGCUACGACUCAGUCUUCAACACAAACCCCUCCAGGAAACAUAAAAACAACACUUGGGACUUGGGAGACACAGAUUGUUCACAUAAAACCCAACUAAAAACCAUACGCGAAACCGUGCUUAGACCGCCUCUGCAAACCCGACCUGCUCUUUUCCAAAGUCAAACACGGUGUGGUAUUUUCCCAUGAACACAUCCCCAAGGAUCC